AUGGAUGUAAAGUUGAUUAUACUGGAUGAAGCUGAUGCAAUGACACAAACUGCUCAAAAUGCAUUGAGAAGAAUUAUUGAAAAGUAUACACAAAAUGUCCGUUUCUGUAUCGUUUGCAACUAUCCGCUCAAGAUCAUUCCUGCAGUUCAAUCUCGUUGUACAAAAUUUCGAUUUUCUCCUUUAGGCAAAGACCAAAUUAUUUCUUACUUGAAUGAUAUAAUUGAGGCAGAACGCAUAAAUAUUUCUCAAGAUGGGAUGGAAGCAUUAAUUAAAAUUUCAUGUGGUGAUAUGCGAAGAGUAUUAAAUAUUUUACAGACAUGUCAUGCAACAAAUGAAUUCAUAGAUGAAGAUGCUAUAUGUAAUUGUACGGGAAGACCUAAUACUAAAGAUAUAGAAUUAAUAGUAAAGACAAUGACUUAUGAUGAUUAUUCAACAGCACAUUCCAGUCUUGCUUUACAAGAUAUAUUGACAGAUUUUUGUUAUCACUUAAGAAAAUCAUUAAUCACUGAUGAAGACUUGUUUGAAAAUAUUGGAGAAAUUGACUACUGA